AGGCCAAUGCUUUAGGAGGCAUUGGGCAGGCUUAUGGCAUAGCUGUGUCAUGAGAAAGUUGGUUCUUUAUUCGAUGUUUUAUUCUAUGUAAUGGCGCCGAGCCGGGCUCCCUCAAGGGCUGCUGAAUAUAGCGCCAACCUUUCCUUUCUCAAAUGAACCACUUUCUAUGGAAUAGCGGCUCAGUCAGAACUUUGCCCCGUGCGGUGUUCGUCUCGCAAGCUGCAGUGAUGGUGACGCGGGCCGUGCCUGUGGACGUUUCUUUUCGCCGCCAGUACCGCCAGUGUGCGGCUUGGUGGCUGCGAUGUCCUAACUGCUGUUCGACAAACCUGUGAAUGCCAGCCAGGGCCAGAAGCUGAUUCGGUGCGAUUAGGGGGAAGAAGUGCUUCGUGCCGAACUGCAGUUCGGGCUACCGGACUUGUGCGGAUAGAGUGCCGAUUUUCAGAGCUCCUGCAGAGAAUGCUCGUCUAGAACUGUGGCGCCGGGCUAUACCAAGAGCCGACAAGGCUUUGAAAUCGAGUGACCAUGUCUGCGCCAAGCACUUUACUGAGGACAUGAUAUCGAAAUCGUACUACGGAGAGUAUGACGGCAAGGUAAUUUUGAACUCUCCCAAAAGAGCGAUGCUGUCGGUGAACGCGGUGCCCAGCAUUUUUCCCGAGUGUCCGAAAUAUCAGAGUGCGAAGAAAAGUUCAAGGAAGCUUCCUGAAGAACAACAGCCUGGAGCCGUGGGUUCCAAGUGCCUCGCACCCUCCGCUGACGCUGAUGCAGCCGCAAGCCCAUGCAAGAAACGACGCACAGCUUGCUCCAGUGCACCCAGCGUCUCACUUCCUCAAGAACCAUGCCCUUGUCUCCCAUUGGAGCUUGCAGACACCUCUCCAAGUACCAGCACAGAUUUCCAUCGCACGCAUGAUCAGCAAGUAUCGCAGAGUCAGCAUACUUUGGCAGGCCCCAUCCAGUGAAAGUUCCUCGGAGUCCAAACCCCAGUCGCAGUCCUUACAGAGCCAGGAGCCAACUGUGGCAGCUCCAUCUAGUGACAGUUCCUCUUACACCCUGCCCCAGGUUCGGAAGUGCCAGUGCUGCUGCCAUCCUGUGAUGAGCACAAAGGCAGUACAGACUGCCUUGCCUCAAUUCACGGUCAGCACACAGAGAUCAAGCACUUUGUUGCAGUUUUCCCAGGCCCACUCGUGCCGUUGCUGCUGCCAUUAUUCGAUGAGCACAACGGCUGUGCAGACAGCCCCGGAUCUCAAGCAGCUCGCAUCAAGUAGUUCGCAAACCACCAAGAGCUGCCUGCUAGUUUCUAGAAGGAAAACUGGUGUGCAGGUUCACCUCGGUGCAACCAUCCGCAUCUCAGUGGCAUCGCAGACCACGUUCCGUUAAGCUGUCCGGCGUAGAACCUGAGGUGCUGAAUUGUGCCCCAUUUCUCCUCCGCUGCUGUCGAGUUGCGGCCUCGUCUGUCCCCAUUCCAAGCAGAUGGAGCUGGAUGAAGAAGAGAUGCCAGCAGCUGAAUGUGACGGGAUCCAGUGCGAAUCCUCUGACAUAAGAUUUCAGUUAAGCCAACAACAUCUAGCACCGCCAUCAUUCAAGUUGGUCCUUGGGAGAAAGCCAAAGGUCCGGGCGCUGAAGUGAAAUGCAGUUGAUUCGCACAACCCCGAAUGCAGAGGAUUGGAAUUCAUUUGCAUUGAGUGGCCACAGCAAGCAAGGUCUUGGCAUCAGAACCCUCGUUGCCCCGUACGUCGUCGCGCCGUGGCUGGAGGUGGAGUGGCCAUUCUUUUCACCGUCUCGGGCCUGGUGUUCAUCAUCUGAACAUGAUGUGCGGUGUCCACAGUGUCCUACAUCUGCUUUCUUGAACAUGCAUGUUGUCUGCUUUGGACAUGCCUGCUGUGUGACAAAAUAAGACUGUUGUUAAGAAGUCACUGGACACUUUUGCGUUACAAAAUGACUGAAACAAAAGCUACGAGUAAUGGCUCACAGACGACACAUUUUAUAUGUUGCACCACCUGAUGUAUAGUAGAACCUCAUUAAUUCGAAGGCCUUCAGACCGUGAAAGGUCUUCCAGUUAACCAGGUAUUCGAAUUAUCAAUAAGGGAUGAAGAACAUGAAGUAAACACACGAAAUAUCACCACAUCAACAGCGCAGCUUUAUUUUGGCUGCAAAACAUUUACUUGUAGUAGUAAUCGAUGUGAACUGCUUGGGAGUGUAAUUCGUAGCACCAUAGGUCAUAUCCUCCAGUUGGUUAACAGUGUGCAGCUUUUAUACUGUUGCCACCACUGUACUCGACAAAACUGCGCAGAAUGUUCAGUGACUCGACCGCUAUAGCUAAAGCUGGUGUUCGGGUGGGCUCAACAUUGCCUCCAUCUUCGUUGGAAGGCCGACUGUUGCAGAUCUCUCCUUUCAAGUCCGCAUACGGCGAUUGCACAUUAAGUUCUGCACUCAAAUAGUCCGCGAAGUUUGAGCCAUUGCAUCCGCUCUUGUCUUUGCCGAAGUAAUUCAUGCGCGCACACAGUGCUUCUCCUUCAUCAUCCAGGAUGCAAUUAGCAUCUGAUAUGUCAUCGCAACCAUCAUUCAGAUCAUUUCCUCAACUGUCUUGUUGCUUAAAAAAAAACUAGUGUGUUUGAAGCAACGCCUGAUCAUAUCGCCCUGCAGCUACUUUCAGGCAUAUGCAAUUAGGCAAAUGGCACCUAUAAGGUCUACAGAAUAUAUUUGCUGUUGAAUAUUCUUUUUAUUUUCCUCGGAUGCAGAAUUAAUUCUUGAUCCAUAAGUUACGAUACUGCUGUGACAUUCGGCAGUAGGAAGACAAGCCUAACUGUUCAAGUUCUGCAUGUCAGUGUGGGCGGGGCAGUUACCCAGGACAAACCCCCCCCGCCGCGGCAGCAAACUUACUCGUACAGCGCUGCUGUCAUCCAGCCCUUUUGUUAGUUUUGUAGAGCAUGUCGUCCUUCGGAAGGAGUCGCACGUUCUUUAAGCACCGAGGCUUCUCCACUUGGCCCCAGUGAUCAGCAGUGGAAGCUCCUCACUGCCAGACAUAUUCGCGCCAAACAGGACAGUUAUUCUGUCCUUGGAUUUUUUUUCUCAUGACGACUGCAUCCUUUGGGGGGGAAAUCUUCAUUGGUACCAUUUCACUAGCACUUUCAAGUAGCAAACACCAACUUACGCUAUGAUGAUACCACGGAUUGAACGAUUCUACAACAGAAAUGCUGGACAAAGAAACGGAACUAGAAAAUUCAAAAAACCAGAAGCAGUAAAUUGUGACUUAGUGGCGCUUGGUUGUCGCUCCGUCAAGUAACGCUAGCCUCCUAGACUAGCAUAGUGUGUAAUGCUGAGGCACAACAGAGCACCGGAAUCAAAGUUGUGAACUAGUGGCACCUGGUUGCCACUCUUCCAAUGAAAGCUAGCUUCCGAGACUAGCAAAUAGUGCUGCACAGAUCACCAAGGAAUUCAAAGUCUCGGAGGCCACAGUUAAAAACUGACAAACUAACCAGAUAAACGUGCGCUGGCUUUUCAAAUUAUUCAGUGAAAUUUGCAUAGCAAAUGUUAAGACCACCGAAAAUCUUUGAAUUACGCUGGAUGUUGAAUAAAUCGAGUUCGAAUUAGUAGUGAGGUUUUGCUGUAUUUGCACGAGACAGGCCUCUGUGCUUUCAUUCAACUUUAUUUCUUUCAUUAUGUCAUGUGACUGUUCAUGCGAAAGAGUUAAGGUUGGCAAAAAUUAGAUACAAUAAAAUAAAACAUACAGUGAAUCUAGCAAUCUAGCAUGUACUUCCACGAGUGGUGUGGCCAUCCGUGCAGGCUGCUCCAUGCACUCGUUGGACUCUAGUCUCGGGUGUCUCCUGCUUACUGCACUUGCGAGGACUGGUGGGUGCAUCAUCAUGAAAACAUGAUUGUGGCAUAUCCUGGCUGUGCACUCUGUUGCGCCUCCAAGCACUGUCACCUAUUCUCACUUAGUGUUAUCUAAAACCACAAUGUUCCACUACGGUACCCUUUGACCAUAUUCCAUUCAAGUAGGUGGAUACCAUAGCACUUUCAUCAUUCUGCAAUGGAUUCAGAUCCUUUGCAUGUAUGUCAUAGCAGAUUUUCAGGGUGUGUUUUUCGCGAUCCAAAAGGGGCUUUGCUUUGUCAGGGAGGAAGCGUGUACACGUGGUCUCGGACAACACUUUUUAUUCUCCUCCCUCGGCUGCCCCGCCGCACCGUGUUGAUGUCUCUCCUACUGGUGGCACCAUCUCUCAGCCUUGCGGUUAGUUGCUGGGUGAGCUUUGAGAGGAAAUCGAGGUAUAAAGCUUCGAUAAUACACUGCCAGGCCAAGGAAGGCUUGAAGUUUUGUCAAGUACGUUCUUUAUUUCGGGAAAUCCUCGGCACACACACACACACGCAGUCUGCGUUCCGUCCAGCCGCACCGCACGCGGCUUGCUCCGCUGAUUACUUCACUCACUCAGUUCGUUGUCGCGCGCUCCCAGCAUGCCGACCGCGCACACAUGCCUUGCAUGUUCGCUGUCCUCGCCACACAUUGUUGCCUACCGUCCCGUGCCUGCAACUCUACACAGUUGCCCACCGUCUCGUGCCUGCGACUCUACGCCGCCUGGCGUUGGCCCGGUACCCUCACAGUUUGACUGUUGCUGGUCGAGAGUAGUGCAACACAGCAAGCACUUUUCCUUCAUUGGGUCUACACUGCCCAGGUGAAAUGAUAUGUGCAAGGAGCUUGAGUGAGUGGCAACAGAAUUGGAUCUUGUCUGGGUUAAUGGUGAGGCCUGCUGUUCUGAUCCGCUCUAGUACACAUCGAAUAUGUUCCAUGUGGUUGUCCAGAGUGUCUGAAUAAACCAGGACGUCGUCCAGGAAUGCCAUUGCAAAUUUGUGAUUUAUGCCAUCCAAAACACUACCCAUCAAUGUUUGGAAGGUUGCUGGCCCGCCUGCCACUCUGAAGGGCAUCCUAGUGAAUUCGAAGGUGCCCUGGUGGCAGAUAAAUGCCGUCUUGGGAAUAUCCUGUUUGCCCACUGGGAUCUGGAAAAAGCCAUGUGAAAGAUCAAAGCUUGAAAACUAUUGUGCCUGACCCAGCUGUGCCAAGAGCCAGUCGGUCCUGGGCAUGGGAUAAGCAGGCACCCUUCCUUGUCCAGCUAUUCAGUGGCCAACAAUCGAUGGCGAGGCGGAAGCCGCCAGACUUUUUGUAACCAAAACGGGAGCACUGGUCCACUGAGUGGUGCUCGGGCAUAUGAGUUCUUAUUCUAGGAGAUCACAGAUGCAGUUAUCCAUAAUGGCCUGUUUUUUAGCAUUGUUAGGGCGAAGCUUGCAACGUACAGGUAGGUUGUUCCCAGUGUCAAUUUGAUGUUCAGCAAAUGCGGUGG